UUUUGCUGUAUAGACACACACAUAGACGCGUGCACACAUGUGUGUGCGUGUGUAUGUGGUGCUAAGCAGUCGCGUUGUAGGAUCAUCUAAUGGCUGUGUUACGUCUGACGCUGACUAGGUCAUCAAGAAGAAGCUAGUGGGAUCGGUGAAGGCGCUGCAGAAGCAGUACGUGUCCUCGGACACGGCAGUCACCAGCGAAGAUGGAGAUGCCAAUGCCACGUGCAGUGCCCUGGAGGCCGUGUUUAUCCACGGCCUGCAUGCCAAGCACAUCCGAGCUGAGGCCGGAGGGAAAAGGAAGAAAAGUGCCCACCAGAAGCCCCUUCCUCAGCCUGUCUUCUGGCCCCUUCUGAAAGCUGUCACCCACAAACACAUCAUCUCGGAAUUGGAGCACCUGGUCUUCGUGAGCACGGACGUGGGCCGCUGUCGGGCCUGGCUGAGGCUGGCGCUCAACGACGGCCUGAUGGAGUGCUACCUGAAGCUGCUCCUCCAGGAGCCGGCCCGCCUGUGCGAGUACUACCAGCCCACAGCCCUGCUCUGAGACGCCGAGGAGGGGGAGUUCCUCCUCAGCUUCCUGCAGGGACUGACAUCCUUAUCCUUCGAGCUUUCCUACAAGUCUGCCGUCUUAAACGAGUGGACGCUUACCCCGCUGGCUCUCUCCGGCCUUUGCCCACUCUCUGAGCUCGACCCCCUCACUACCUCUGGGACAGAACUACAGCGGAAAGAGUCUCUGGAUUCAAUUUCCCAUUCCUCAGGCUCGGAGGACAUCGAAGUCCAGCACUCAGGCCACAAGAUCCGACGGAACAGGAAGCUCACGGCCUCCUCCCUCAGCCUGGACACGGCCAGUUCAUCCCAGCUGUCUUGCAGCCUAAACUCUGAUAGCUGCUUACUCCAAGAGAAUGGCUCCAAGAGUUCAGACCAUUCUGAGGAGCCCAUGUCCUAUGACUCAGACCCGGGGACAGCAAAUGCUGAGGAUUCAGACCCGUCUCUGCAAGAGGUGUUGUCGGAAUUCAGCAAAGCUCAGGUGAACUCUGUGCCAGCCAACGGACCGAGCAGACUGAGCGGAGAAGCGGAGAUUGCCACGGGGCGGGCCUCACGCUCCCUCCCCGGCCCGGAGGCCAGCAUGCCCAGCCUGUGCGAUGUGCCCGCAGAGCCCCUCCCGGCCCAGGCAUCCCCUGUGACUCAAGAGGGGAACUGCCAGCAGGAGCCGCCCGCGCAGGCAUCCGGCGCCCUGGGCUUGCAGCAGUCAGGCACUGCCCACGCUGGCCCUUCGGAAAGCGCUUCGGCCCAGCCGCCUGCCAGUCCUGUGCGAGAGAGGGCCAGGGGAGCGGCCAGCAGAAGCCCCCGGAGGAUGACGGAGCUGUGCGGAGCCUCGGGGCGUCCUCACCCACCAGUCCGGUGAGUGUGCUCUUAUGUGUU